AUGCUUAAAAUCGGCAAAAUUCCACGUAUUCAAAGAGAGCCAUUGUCAAAAGACGAAGCUAGUGCAGCGCUAUCUACAAAAGCUUCUCUAUUAUCAUCACGUUUACCACGAGCUGAUUAUUUCAAUAUCUACAAAAAUAUGACUGUCUUGUUUAUUGGCGACCAGUCUAUGCGCACGAUGUAUAGAGAUCUUUGUCAUAUGUUCAAAUUUGAUAGAAUGCUUGAUUAUACCGAUGCUAAACGCUCAGAUGGUGAUUAUAAAUUAUUACAAGAUGAAGAAAUUAUUUUCAAAACUGGACAGAAGGGGACUGAUUUGUAUUAUGACAUAAAACAAUUUUAUUUAAAAGAGAAGAAUAUCAAACUCAUUCAUGUGCAUUUAUCUACUCUUUUCAAUGAUCGUGGCCCAAAAAAUCUCGAAUUUAUAAAGAGAAUUAAUCAACAAUCACAGAUAGAUGUAAUUCUGUUUACUUCGUAUAGUAAUGACGUAACUGAAUGUAAAAUUGGUAGAUCAAAUCUAACAUUGAACGAUUAUUUCACCAGUUACUUGGCUGUAUUUGAUCAAUUUGCGAAUUAUCUCAGACAAUUUUGUAAUACCGUAGAUAAAAAACAACAGCUCUACUUUUGGUUAUCCCCAUUGCCCAAACCAUUUGACAAGUCAUCGAUUAAAGAAAGUCAAUUCGAAAAUCUUUUAGAUCAAUCACGAGAUAUUGUAAAAAAACAUAAUUAUAUCGAAUUUGAUAGAUAUGAUAUUUGGAAGAGAAGGAAAGAUCUCACCAUUCCAGAUAAUGGAUAUAUUUCUUUGCAUGGAUAUCGAGAAAUGACUGAUUCCUUUGCUCGAUGUUUAGCGAGGAAGCUUAAUCGUCCGUUUACAUCAGCUAUACCCUCAUGGAAGAGUCCAGUGAACUGCUUUAAUAGCUUGGAAUCCAAUAACAAACAAUCAAAUCAAUCAGCUUCAAAAGCAUUACCAAAAUACAAUCGACAUCAUCCAUAUGCUCGAUAA